AUGAGAUCCACUCCAACGCUCCCGAUUCGAGUACUGACACAUAACAUUCGCUAUGCAACAAACUCUCCAUUCAAAGGGGAACGAACCUGGGCUGAACGCAGGCAAGGCCUCUUGAAUGAGUUGGAAUACCAUUCCCGGUAUUGCAAUGAGACGUUCAUCUGUCUGCAGGAGGUUCUUCAUAAUCAGCUUGAGGAUAUUCGUGCUGGGUUAAACCCAUCCAAGGCAUCAUUGACCCAGAAAUGGGCAUAUAUCGGUGUUGGCCGGGACGAUGGAUCCCAGGCCGGUGAAUAUUCCCCCAUAUUCUAUCAACCAGCAAUUUGGGAGCUGCAGCAUUGGGAAACAGUGUGGCUCUCGGAGACUCCGUCCAAGCCCUCCAAAAGUUGGGAUGCAGCCUCUAUUCGCAUUGUCACCAUCGGAAUAUUCAGCCAUCGUGAAGCGGGAAAUACUGUCCUCGCCCUGAACACACACCUUGACGAUCAAGGGUCUCGCUCACGCCUCGAGGCGGCACGCAUCAUCAUCUCUAAGAUCCAUGAAUACCAGCAGGGACAAUUCGGUCCUUUGAUUUCGGGAACAUUCUUAUCCGGAGAUUUGAAUAGCGAAGAAAGACAGGAAGCAUAUUCAGAAUUGACGGAGGCGGGUGGUCUGCAGGAUACUUGCAAGUCAGUAGCUGCUCCAGGGCUGCGGUAUGGCAAUAGCAAUACAUUCACCGGCUUUGGCUACGGGAAAGAGCCACCUAAACGUAUUGACUUCAUCUUGUUGGACACAGAGAAAACACAGCCAUGGAAAGUUGACGGGUAUUCGGUCAUACCUAACAGAUUUGAUGAUGGAGUAUAUAACUCAGACCACUGCGCUGUAGUUGCGGACCUUACGUUGAUAGGUUAG